GGUAUAUAAGGGUCAACUCUAUACCGGGACAAAUAGAAUCUAUGAUUACAAAGUAUAUGUUCCUUUGGUAUACAGUAGCAAAGUUAGCCCACAGGUUCUGUUAUAGUUCUUAUACGAAAUGGACCCGAAUAUUAAAUGCAUAGGUCGCAUCUUAUUGGUGUUAUACGCAGUUGUUGCUGUUGGGAAAGCCCUUCAAUGUAUAACAUGUGACAACGCCAAAUCCCACGAGGAAUGCGACAAACGUGGACGAGUGGUUACUUGUAAUAAGAACGAGGAAAUGUGCGCUAUAGAGGAAAGAAAGGUGAACCAAGGACCCGAGAAAUUGAUCUUCAAACACUGCAAGCAACCAUUGGCUUGUUCUAACAACGAAAGACAGAACCCCCGCCCUGCAUGGUGGCCGACUCAAUGCAACAGUCGAGCUGUCAACUCUGUGUGUAGAUGUUGUUGCAGUGGUGACUUAUGUAACCAAGGUGCUAACACAUGCUUUAAUAGAGUAGCAAACGUAUGCCUUCCCCCUCGUACCAACCCCAGAAACGGCAAGGUCACGUGUUCAGACGGAAACAAAAUUGGCAGCUCGUGUUCAUUCACCUGUGACGCCGGUCACGUGAUGUCAGGAUCCAAAACUUCAGAGUGCGGACAAGACGGAACAUGGAGCUCUCCUACGCCGUCAUGUGGCCCCAUAACUUGCCCACGAUUAUCUGCUGGAAACAAACGAAUCGAUGAUUGUUCCAAUGGAAAUCAUGUUGGGAGUGUUUGUCGGUUUACAUGUGAAGCAGGAUACGAGAUGAUUGGUUCCCAAUCUAUCACGUGCCGUGACAUUCUUGAUGCUGACGUCAACGGUGUUUGGAGCUCUUUACCGCCAACAUGCAGACUUAUAACCUGCACCGAACCACCAACGGUGCCAGAGAACGGAUUCCGAGUGUGUAGUGAUGUCAACAACAUUGGUUCGGUUUGUGAAUUCGGGUGUGACGAGUUUUAUUCAAGGAAUGGACCUCUGCGUACGACAUGUAUGAACGUGAGUCCAAGACCGGCGUGGGAUAACAUGGCACCUGUGUGCGAACGUGUUGCUUGUUCCGACCAAGGGGUUUUACCGCACGGAGAAAUAACCUGCGAAGAUUCAAACUUCGCCAACUCUCAAUGUACAUUCAGGUGUACCGCUGACACUUAUUUCAUAUCCCCUGCUGACGUCACAUCGAACACGUGUCAAAAUAAUACGUCAUGGAGCAAACCGAAACCGUGUUGUGCGCGUUGUUUGAGGACGGGGAGGAUUCAAUGUCAUUUUCGAUUUUCCGUUACAAUAAAUUGGUUGACGAAACUUCCAGUAUUCCGCUUAUAAACUCGUUCAAAUCUAACGUUGAAGCAAGGGUCAAUGCUAUUCCUUAUGACGGAGAAGGCACCAGGACCGGCCAAGCUUUAAAAUACGCCAGAGACGUGAUUUUAUCUGCUGAGGGAAAUCGUGAUUACGCUCCCGACGUAGUUUUGCUUCUCACUGAUGGGGUUUCCCAAGACGACGUCAUAACCCCUGCUAAUGCUCUUCGAGAUGAUGGAGUUACGCUUUACACUGUCGGUAUCAUGCCACCUAGCGGCCGUCUCGACACCGCCCAUUUGUUGGAGAUAGCUGGUGAUAUAGACCACGUGAUACUCGCUGAUAACGGGUUCGAUGGUUUGACCCCAAUAUUCGCCCAAGAGCUUAGCCAACAUAUAUGCGGUGAUCCGUGCAAUCACGUGAGGCAUGGCCACGAAUGAUUGGUUGGUUUGAACGACCCGGUGUAUUUUUGCGUUAAGGUUGUACUAUAUUAAAAUGUGAUGAAUCUUCGUUUAAUAAAUUUAUUAUAAUUAAA